AUGUCGGCUUCAGGACCGUCCUCGAACCCGCCAAAAUCGGUGAAUACACAGAGUCAGCCUACACCUGCACCUGCGGUUCAGACAUUUGCUGGGGGUGCUGAAAGUAGCUCGCAGCGUCGAGCCUUUGGGAACCCUCUCCCUGCGAGGAACUCGUCGACACCGAGAAACAACCAGACCCGCAAACAGCAGCAUAAACGUCAUCGCCGACCCCGUCUGGUGGAUGAGGAUGCAUUUGCAGAGUCCGUUGCAGUGAAUAACACGAUGAGUCGGAAAGGCCAAACCUCGAUCACUCAUCUUAUGAACUUUUCCCUUCCUCCCCGCCCCCGCAAUAGUUUCACGUCCCAACGACCUCCUCGCCGUAGCCAUGGAUGGAGCCCUCGUUCAGGAGCAGUGGAUAAAGCCAGAUAUGUCCACGCUAAUUAUCGUUUCAUCGUUGAUCCUACCAAGAAUUAUCACUCUCAAGCGACAAAUGCGGAUGUGCACCUCGAUUGGGACACUGUCUUGCAGGUUUUAGUCUCCUCCGAAAUCCAGACAACCAGUUGUCCGAUUUGCCUCUCCAUCCCUGUUGCACCACGAAUGGCUAAAUGCGGCCACAUAUUCUGUCUUCCUUGCAUCAUUCGAUAUAUGCAUUCUACAGAUGACUCGAAUCCGACUCCAGAGAAGAGAGCUCGGUGGAAGAAGUGCCCAAUUUGCUGGGAUGCCAUCUAUAUAUCGGACACCCGCUGCGUUGCCUGGUACACGGGGCAGCAGGCAGAUAUGCUAAUGGAGGGUGGUGAUGUUCUACUCCGGCUGGUUUGGAGAAUGCCAGGGAGCACCCUCGCUCUUCCUCGCGAUGGUGCAGUCAUGGGCCCCGAAGAGGAUAUUCCAUGGUACCAUAUUGCCGACGUGCCCGACUACGCUCGUAUCAUGAAAGGUGGUGAAGACUACAUGCUUGCCCAUUAUGAUAGUGAAAUGGACGACCUUAGGAAGCUGGAACAUGAAGAUGAAUUGCUUUUUGGGGAGGAUUCAACCUGGACAAACAAGGCGAUUGCUGCCAUCAAAGAUGUGAAAGAGAAGGUCAAAGGGAUUGGCAACCCCCCUGAAUUAUCGAGAGAGUCGGUAGGGCGCCGGCCAGUGAAAAGCGUACCAUCCUUCGAUGAGCCACCAAAGGAUACUCCUGAUAUGUAUCAUUACCAACGCUCCCUACGGUCUGGCAAUAGCUCGUCAAGUCCAUCCAUCACCGCUACGAACCCAGAACCUAGCAGUUUGAAUCUCAGCAACACGGCUACCGUCGAGGUACCUAGUUUUGCAUCCGAUCUCUCGAACUUGACUAUUACUUCGAAUGGAACGAGCGCCGCCGCGAAACCGGAUCUCAGCACCGCGCCCAACUUCGAAAAACCAAAAUCCUCCUGUGCUGCGCAUCCCAGCGAUCAGCCAUACUAUUUCUAUCAAGCUCUCCCUCACUUUUACCUUUCACCUCUGGAUAUCCGCAUUUUGAAGGCGGAAUUUGGUGACUUUUCGCAAUUUCCAUCCACCAUAUUACCUAGAGUGGAACACAUUUCAACCGGUCAUGUUGUCGACGAUGAUUUGCGCAAACGUGCUAAAUAUCUUGGCCAUCUACCCUACGGUUGCGAAGUGAGCUUCUUGGAGUGUGAUUGGACUGACCUCGUUGGCCCGUCGAUUCUUGAAAAAUUUGCACACGAAAUCAACCGCCGUCGGAAGCGGAAUAUGGACAAAGCAGCGAGGGAAGAGAAAGAGCGCAUUCGAGCAGAAAAAGAGGAGGAAGACAAGCGGUGGGCAGCGGUCUGGAGGAAGAGAUCAAGCAUAAGCGGUCUCUCCGACCGGCCAUUGUCAGACAGCGAUUUCCAUCCUCUUACAACUCCAUCUAGGACGGAUCCAAAUGCAUCCAAAUCAGAUUUAACCCCAGCUUCGCCUCUAUUUGGACCUUCUCGAGGGCAGAACCACCCUUCGUUGGCCGCCCUAGCAUCGCCGUCAAGUAGUCCACCAAGCCAUCGAACGGUUUGGGGAACAACAGCAGUGGAUACUAACUCUAGCGCUAAACCGUUGCCAUACCGGAGCGAAAACGAGCCUGAUGACGGAUGGCUUCAGGGCUGGGAGCGAGAACUGCUGUUAGCGGAGCAAGCAGAAAUACUUGCCUCGGCAGAGAAACCGGCUCCUCCCACUAGUAGUAACAAAAAGAAGAAACAUAAAAAGAUUACGCUGAUGUCUACUAACGCCAGGAGAGCAGCAUGA